AGGUCACACAAAUUGUUGUGAAAAGAACCAAUUAACAUCCUAAAUUUCUAGGCCAAAUAAGCAUGGACUUGCUUCACUAUCUAUGCUUCUUCUUUCUUUUCAUCGGAGUGUUUUCUUCCUCAGACGAUUCCAUAUGCUCUUCCAAAUUUAGUGAAGCUCUGCAUCCUCACCUCAACGGCUCCGGCGUCCACUUCACCCUCCACCACCCGCAGAGCCGCUGCUCUCCGGCGCCCUUCGCAGCACCUCUCUCCUUCUCCGCCGUCCUCUCCCAUGACGCCGCCCGUGUCCAAGCCCUCUCCUCUCGCCUCUCCAAGUCCUCCACCCCUGCCUCCCGCGCCUCCUCCUCCCCCCUCCUCCGCCCCGACGCCGUAUCCGUCCCUCUAUCCAAGGGGACCUCCAUCGGCGUCGGAAACUACAUCACCAGCAUAAGCCUCGGCACCCCGUCCAAGUCCUACGCCGUCGUCGUCGACACCGGCUCCUCCUUCUCCUGGGUCCAGUGCGAGCCCUGCCGCGUCUACUGCCACUCCCAGGCCGGCUCUGUUUUCGACCCCUCUGCUUCCGCCACCCAUCACUCCCUCCCCUGCUCAUCCUCCGAGUGCGGCGGCCUCAAGUCCGCCACGCUCAAUCCCCCAGCCUGCUCCAUCUCCGACGUCUGCAUCUACGAGGCCAGCUACGGCGACAGCUCCUUCUCCAUCGGCUACCUCAGCAAGGACGUCCUUACUCUCGACAACGGCCAACGACUGCCUGGGUUUGUCUUCGGCUGCGGCCAGGACAACGAGGGACUCUUCGGCCGUUCCGCGGGUCUCAUCGGCCUCGCCCGCAACCGCCUCUCCCUGUUCUACCAGUACGCGUCGGUGGUCGGGAACGCCUUCUCCUACUGCCUUCCUUCUACCUCCUCCGCCGGCUACCUCUCCAUCGGCUCCUACAACCCCGGCCACUUCUCCUACACCCCCCUGGUCUCCAGCUCCCUCGACGACACCCUCUACUUCCUCCGGCUAACCGGCUUCACCGUCGCCGGCCGCAGCAUCCCCGUGCCGAGCAGCACGCAGACGAUCAUCGACUCCGGCACCGUCAUCACGCGGCUCCCGCGCAACGUGUACAACGCGCUGAGCGUCGCCGUGGCGGCGGAGCUCAAGGGGUACCCCAAGGCGCCGGCGUACUCGAUCCUCGACACCUGCUACGUCGGGAGCCUGAGUCGGCUGGCGGUGCCGCCGGUGGAAUUGGUGUUCGAGGGCGGCGCGGUGCUGAGGCUGCCGGCGAGGAACGUGUUCAUCGACGUGGAUGGGUCGGCGACCUGCCUGGCGUUCGCUCCCUCCAGCGAGGUGGCUAUCAUCGGCAACACGCAGCAACAGGGUUUCAGCGUGGUGUACGACGUCGGGAAAUCGAGGAUCGGCUUCGCCGCCGGCGGAUGUGCCUGAGGAGCUGCGGCCGGUGGCAGGACAGACAUUACUACUAAUUAAAUGAAAGUUAAUUACGGAGGUGUGCUCGCUAUAAUUAUUGAUUAAGUUUGGGAUUAAGAAAGGCAACUUCCCAACAAAUGUUCAUUAAUUAUUAAUUAUUAUUGUACAUUUUGGGAUUAAGCAGUAAUGAAGAUAUCUUUUUUAUUAUAAA